UUCCAAAAUGAGUUCCAAAGUAACAACAAUGGAGUUUUCCAUCACCAUGGAGGAAGUAAAACAGUCGGUAAAAACGUUUACCGCCUCCAAGCGAUACAUACAGGGAAUUUGCAGAAUUACCCUUUUAAACGUUUUGUACCAUCGUUUACCGUUGGACGAAAAAGAUUUCGUCAAUAUGGACUACGAAGGUAUACAGUUUAAAAUGUUUAAAAGGAAUAGUAAGAAUCCCCACAUAAGGCAGUACCAUUCUUGGGUAAAAGGCAUAUUGGAUGCUCUUGAUAAAAAUUACCUUAAGGGUAUUUUUUUGUAUCUACGAAAUGCCGAUAAUGGGGAUAUUUUGGAGAUGUACAAUCUAAAGUUACAGUACAAUAAAGAAAAAUUUACAGAAAAAUAUAGAAAAACUCCAGAAGCACAAGUCGAAUCGACAAAAGCUCUGUUGAAUUUUUUUCAAAAAAUGCAAAAAUGCCCCAAGCUUGGCGAAAAUAUCCAACCACACAUUGAAUUGACAUAUUACGACGACACUCCAAAUGAAUAUGAGCCAAUAAAUUUUGAAAAAGCCAAAACAGAAAUGCGUUUUGCAGCUUUGCAUGAUGAUGAGGGCUGUUCGUUUGUAAAUAUUAAUACCGGGUUUCAUAAACUGAAGGCCCAGGUUAAAGGAACACUUAAUGAUGAGCUGAAAAAAAUUGCAGAGAAAGAGGUAAUAAUAAAUAAAUCGGUGAACACAGCUUCAACAAUUGGAGGUGCUAGUUCUGCUGAAGAAAACUGCUUAAUUGACUUGUCCGAUGAUGCUUCGAUAAUUAUAGUAGAGGAAAACCCCACAUGUAUUUGCAUUUUAAAUCUCGAAAAUAUUGAAUACGGUCUGAUUCCGGAAAUAAUUUGUUCCAAAUGCCACGUGCACAUGCACACCCCAUGCCUGGGUUUUAUGAAAAUUAACUACCAAAAGGACUAUGUGCACAUGUGCAUCCGCUGCAAUCCAAACAGAAAAAUGAGGGACACUCUGACUCCAAUUAGAUUCCGGUUAAUCGUGUUUUUAAUGUACGUAAAGAAAAAAUACCCGGAAGAAAUAUUUUCUCUACUAACAGAGAAAGAAACCAUACAAUUAAGAUCCAAAUUAAUCCAAUAUAAAAUGUUGGAACCAGUUGGUAACAAAUAUAAAGUUGAUGAAACAAUGGUUAGAAUUUGGUUGGAAAAGCUUUUUCCUGAUUUUAAUGAAUCAGAAAUUUUGCGUUAAAAAUAAUAAUCGA